AUGCACGGCUUAAAAGACUUUUAUCAGAAAAGGGUCCAUGCAUUACUGCCCGACGUAACAUCGCAUUCUUCCCAGGACAACUCUCGUCCCCUCCUUCCCGAAGGCCCAGCCAACAGACUUUGGGCAACAAUAUUUCAUGACGAUGAAUGGCUGCAGAAGGCUUCCGAGCUUGGUGCGAGCCCUGUGUUGAUUGCGCCCGACCUGGACAUGAUCGGAGGCGUUAGUCCAACCCCUCGACGGCAUCACGUCCUCCUGGUAACUAACGACCGGCUGGGCAAUCUCAAAUUACCAGAAGAGCUGCUUUUCAGAUCCCUGCGAACAGGGUAUACAUACAAUCAGACAAAGUCAACAAUCACCCUGCCGAAAAUGGUGUUCAGAACUGCCGGUGGCCAGAAGAUUCCGGUUUCAGAAUUGGUUCUUCACAUUGGCCAAGCGAUGCAUCCCUUGAAUAGCAUCACACUUCGGAAGAAAGAAAUUCGACGACUUUUUGACCCCGUGGCUUUACGGACUCAGUUUUGCUUUGCGUCCGAGAAGAGACUUCGCACCGUGCAUGCCUCAGACAUAUACGGAAUUGGAGGAAAGGUCUCGGAGCUAGGGGCUCUCGUUCCGAUCUGCGUGUUGCACCUGCUCUGCCACGGCAAAAGGUGGCCGGUCAUUCUGCGAACACCCAAAUGCCCUGAUCUCACGCCGCUCAGCAUCGAGGGGAUAGAGCACUCCAUUGUCGGGUGGAAACGUCCAUGA